AUGGCGAGUUGCUCCUUCGCUGGCGACUAAGCGCUAAGGAGACCGAGAGCCGCAGCAGCAGCAGCCUCCGCAGCUCUAGCAGCAGUGGUGACCACCCCGCUUCUUUCCUCCGGAACCCCGACCGCACUCAUUGGGACCGGGUCGUCCUGUCCGGGAGCCAUGUGGCUCUCCCCAGCCACUGGCUCCCGGUCAGACUCCGAGUCCGACGAGGAGGACCUCCCCGUCGGGGAUGAAGUCUGCAAACGCGGCUACCUGCGGAAGCAGAAGCAUGGGCAUAGGCGUUACUUCGUGCUCAAACUCGAGACCGAAGACGCUCCGGCUCGGCUCGAAUACUACCAAAACGCCAGGAAGUUCCGGCUCAGUGUCCGUGCCGCGGCGGCUGCCGCAGCCGCGGCCGCCUCCGGUGCUGCGGUCCCCGCGCUCAUCCCACCGCGGCGAGUGAUCAUCCUGUACCAAUGCUUCUCCGUGAGCCAGCGCGCCGAUGCCAGGUACCGACACCUCAUUGCCCUCUUUACCCAGGACGAGUACUUCGCGAUGGUGGCCGAGAACGAGUCGGAACAAGAAAGCUGGUACUUGCUCCUCAGCCGCCUCAUCCUCGAGAGCAAGCGCCGCCGCUGCGGCACGCUAGGCGCGCAGCCGGACGGGGAGCCGGCAGCCCUGGCGGCGGCAGCGGCGGUGGAGCCACGCUUCUACAAAGAUGUGUGGCAGGUAGUAGUGAAACCCAGGGGGCUGGGGCACAGAAAAGAGCUGAGCGGCGUGUUCCGGCUGUGUCUUACCGACGAAGAGGUAGUGUUUGUAAGGCUCAAUACCGAAGUGGCCAGUGUGGUCGUCCAGCUGCUGAGCAUUCGUCGCUGUGGGCACUCAGAGCAGUACUUCUUCUUGGAAGUCGGCAGGUCCACUGUCAUCGGCCCAGGGGAGCUGUGGAUGCAGGUGGAUGACUCCGUGGUGGCCCAAAACAUGCAUGAGUUGUUCCUGGAGAAGAUGAGAGCCUUGUGCGCAGACGAAUACAGAGCCCGCUGCCGCAGCUACAGCAUCAGUGUUGGCGCCCACCUGUUAACCCUGCUGUCCACUAGGAGGCACCUGGGCUCGCUCCCGCUGGAGCCCGGCGGCUGGUUCAGAAGAUCCCGCUUUGAGCAGUUUUGCCACCUCAGGGCUCUCCGCCACAGGGAAGACAUGCUAUUCACCAGACGCUUCAUCGCACCCAGAGAGCCUCCGCCUCCCUUCAAGCGAGGAAGUGGGCACCUGCCCAGAGCCCGCAGGUCCAGGAGAGCCGUGUCAGUACCUCCCAGCUUUCCCCGACGCUCAGCACCUAGCCCAGGACGUAUCCGACAACCUGAAGAUGCUCGCAACCACAGAGCUUGUCAAACCUCGGGUUCCAGCACUGGCAACUCUGAAGAAAAAGACAAGGAAGGUGAGGAAGGAAACGGAGGUGCCUGCAUGCCUAUGAACAACUGGGGCUCAGGAAAUGGCCGGGGCUCCGGAGGUGGACAGGGCUCAAGUGGCCAAGGCUCCAGUAGCCAGAGCUCAGGUGGGAGACAGGGAUCUGGAGGUGGCCAGGGCUCAGGAGGCCAGGGUGCUGGAGGAAACCAACGUUCAGGAAAUGGCCAGGGCACAGCAGGUGGCCAUGGCUCAGGUGGAGGUGGCCAUGGUUCAGGUGGUGGCCAGGGACCCGGAGAUGGUCAUGGCUCAGGUGGUGGCAAGAACUCAGGAGGUAGCAAAGGCUCAGGAAGUGGGAAAAAUUCUGACGAUGGUGACCGUGGAAAAUCUGUGAAGAAAAGAUCCUACUUUGGUAAAUUCACUCAAAGCAAGCAGCAGCAGCAGCAGCAGCAAACGCUGCCUCCACCCCCGCCGCCGCCGCCAGCAGCUGGAGCAACUGGUGGCAAAGGGAAGUCUGGGGGGAGAUUCCGACUUUAUUUUUGCGCAGACAGAGGCACAAAAGAACGCAAAGAAGCCAAAGAGGUGAGAAAUAUGGAGACCUCACAAGGUACAACCAGGGGGUCUCACAGAGCCAGAGCUCUCUAUGACGAUGAGGAUGACCCAUAUGUGCCAAUGAGGCCAGGGGUGGCUGCCCCUCUUGCAUGUUCCAGCGAUUACAUGCCAAUGGCUCCUCAAAAUUCCUCUGCUCCAACCAAGCGUCACUCUAAGUCGCCCUUUGAAGACUCCAGAGGGUACAUGAUGAUGUUUCCCAGAGUGAGCCCAACACCACCUGCUCCAAGUGCUCGGAAAGCGCCGGAUACUCAUAAAGAGGAUGAUUCAAAGGACAAUGACAGUGACAGUGACUACAUGUUUAUGGCUCCUGGAGCAGGUGCGAUUCCUAAAAAUCCCCCCAAUCCCCAGGGAGGCUCUUCCUCCAAAAGCUGGAGCUCUUACUUCUCUCUGCCAAGUCCUUUCCAGAGUUCGCCUUUGGGACAGAGUGACCAUAGCGAGUAUGUUCCCAUGUUACCUGGAAAAUUCCUGGGGAGCAGUCUAGACAAACACGCCUCCUUUAGCCAGGGCACCAAAGAUGGAGCUUCAAAGCCUUCAACUGAGGGGUCAUUCUCAAAACCUGAAGAUAAGGGGUCGUCUGCAAGGCCUUCAGAUGAUGUGCCCCCAAUGAACCAGGCUAAGGAACCUAACCGACUUUCUUUUAUUGCAAAAGGAAAUAAAAUAGAGCCCAGACCACUAAACCCCACACAGGAGCAGAGAGAAGCUGACAGCUUCAAUGACUAUAUCAACAUUGACUUUGUUAAGAGAGAGCACCUUGUGCUAGCUCCCUCUGCUCAAGGACUGCCAGAAUUCUGGGGUGUAAUUACUAAUGCCAGACCCAGCGCUUUUUCUCGCUACGUGAAGGUUGAAUACGGGGCGCCCUUUCCAAAUCCAACAGUCCGCCUCUCAGAGCUUUUAAGAGUUAUACCAGGUGCCAAUCCCAUCCCUCUGGCCGGUGCUAGGUGGCCCUUUCGUCCUUUCCCAGGCAAUGCUGUAGGUAGCAUCCUGGAAGGGGGUGAAUACAUUGAAGUGAUUUUCAACCCAGCUCUGACACCAGCCCGUGCCUUUUUGCUGACGUGCCAUUUUGCUGACACUCAGACAGGUCAAAUUUAUGUAGUCGACCCAUUUUCUGAGUGCUGUAUGGACGCUUCUGUCUCUCGCGGUCGAUACUCUGAACCACCACCUGUAGCUAGGCAGGAAGAAGUGCAAGAGAGAAGACGCCCACAAAGCGGCUCCCAAAGUUUAUUUGCCAACACUCGAGCCGCUGUCUCGGCUUUCCCUACUGACAGCUUGGACAGAGACUUUCCCGCCGCUUCAGCGGUGAUUGCUGCUCCAGCUGGGGCGCCCCUCUUGGCAGUGAGCCGGGCUUUAGCAGUGGCCUCUGCGCUCGCAGCGGCCCCCAGCACUGGCGCUGUCUUUGUCGGCUUCCCAGUUGCGGCUGGAGACUCCGCCUCCGCUCGCUGGUUCCAACCUGUUGCUAAUGCUCCUGGUGCCCAGGCCGAAAGAGAGGUCCGGGACAUUGCCGCAGGCUGGAAUCCUGGAACCCUUAACCAAGCUGCCAGCGGUGAGGACCUGGCGGCUGGCGCAGCCGCUCCCCCGCCGCCGCCUCGCCACCAUCGGGUGCUGAGACCCCCAGAGAGAGCGGAUUCUGAGGACAACUAUGACGAUGAGGAUGACGACAACAUUUACGUGAGAAUGGACUUUGCCAGACGUGACUACAAGAAGUGA